AACCCAACCAACCUGGAACGCCACCACAAACGCCAGCAACCGACUCCAUCGUCGCCGAACCCCACGAACGAACAGGAGCCUUCGCGCGCCGCUUCGACAUCACAUUUUGCCCGAUCACCGCAAGGCCGAAAUCAACAGCAAACCCCUCCCGAGCAGCAAUGGCGUCAGACCAGGAGCGCGAGCACGCCCUCGCCUCCUUCAAGCAGAAGCUGAUUGAGUCGCGGGAAUGGGAGACGAAGCUCAAGAACCUCCGGAUGGAAAUCAAGAGCCUUCAAAAAGAAUACGAGCAGACAGAAGAGAACAUCAAGGCGUUGCAAAGCGUCGGGCAGAUCAUCGGCGAAGUGCUCAAGCAGUUGGACGACGAGAGAUUCAUAGUAAAGGCCUCGUCCGGGCCACGCUACGUCGUCGGGUGCCGAUCCAAGGUGGACAAGAGCAAGCUGAAGCAGGGUACGCGCGUGGCGCUCGAUAUGACGACGCUCACCAUCAUGCGCAUGCUUCCGCGCGAGGUCGACCCGCUGGUCUACAACAUGUCUCUCGAGGACCCGGGACAGGUCAGCUUCGCCGGCAUCGGCGGGCUCAACGAGCAGAUCCGCGAGCUCAGAGAGGUGAUUGAGCUGCCGCUCAAGAAUCCGGAGCUGUUCCUGCGCGUCGGCAUCAAGCCGCCCAAGGGUGUGCUCCUCUACGGGCCUCCCGGCACGGGAAAGACGCUGCUCGCGAGGGCGGUGGCUAGCAGUCUCGAAACUAACUUCUUGAAAGUCGUCUCCUCGGCUAUCGUCGACAAGUAUAUUGGCGAGUCGGCACGCCUGAUCCGCGAGAUGUUCGGCUACGCCAAAGAGCACGAGCCGUGCAUCAUCUUCAUGGACGAGAUCGACGCCAUCGGAGGGCGGCGGUUCAGCGAGGGCACGAGUGCGGACCGCGAGAUCCAACGCACCCUCAUGGAGCUGCUCAACCAGCUCGACGGCUUCGACUACCUUGGCAAGACCAAGAUCAUCAUGGCAACUAACCGGCCCGACACGCUCGACCCGGCGCUGCUGCGCGCCGGCCGCCUGGACCGCAAGAUCGAGAUCCCGCUGCCCAACGAGGUGGGCCGGCUGGAGAUUCUCAAGAUUCAUGCGGCCGGCGUGGCCAAGGAGGGCGAGAUCGACUUUGAGAGCAUCGUCAAGAUGAGCGACGGGCUGAACGGGGCCGAUCUGCGGAACGUGGUGACCGAGGCGGGCCUAUUUGCCAUCAAAGAUGACAGGGACGCUAUCAACCAGGACGACUUCAACAAGGCGGUGCGCAAGCUGGUCGAAGCGAAGAAGCUGGAGGGCAAGCUUGAGUACCAGAAGUUGUGAGGGGCGCAGGGGCAGACACGCUUGGUGCUUCUGCAUAACCUUGCUUGCAUUGGACCUUGUCAUGAACACAGCUUGAUGGGCCUGUGUGCCAUUGUACCAAUAUUGAAUGAUGGGCCGAUCAGCGCGAAGAUAAGUUUAAACCCCCGUGGUGGUCAGCGUCCCAGCAUCAGCUUGCGAUAUGGCCCGUCCCUCUGGUAUUUUCGCAUCUGCGAAGAGUAUUCGGGGCCGUCAUUCGGAAUACACAGGUCCCCUACACCAGCUCGUCGCCAGACAUGGCGUAGUCUGUCUGCAUGCUCCUUCCUGAUCCUUCCCGGUGAUAUCGAUCCGGGGGGCUAUGUUACCUAGCUCAAUGCUACCCCCUGGCACAAGGAAGAGUGUAAAAGGGGUAGGAAGCUUACAUAGUGUAAUCCGUACAUAGAUAGGGCUGUGAGUGUGC